AUGGCGAAAUUUAUAGGAGCACCGUUGGCAAUUUGCACUCUAAUUCUGCAGCUUAUUGGUUUCAUAGACGCAUUGGAGUAUGAUUUCAUUAGUGGUAUGAGUUCCUUGGAUACCAAUCCCCUGGUUGCAUACAACAUAAACAUGGAUGACAUUGGGAUGGCAACUCUGGCAUGCCCACGCCAAGUCAACGGUGCUGACUAUGUAUGGCAUCACCAAACAAAUGCUGAUAAUGACGACAUUCUCACAAUUCAUGUAAUUGACGACGGUAAGUUCCACUCCGUCCCUUUUUCGAGCGUGGUGGUCACCGAAGCACCACGUCCAUAUGUUCGGAAAGUGCCAAAGGAGUCGCAAACAGAGUUGCAUAUUGAUCUAAUGGAUGACGAUAUAUAUGCCAUUACUGCAGAACGUUUGGUAUUUAUUUGUGGUCCUAGAGAUUUGGUAUUGGGUGAGGCGCUGCAAGCCCAACUUGCUCGCCUACAAGAGAUUUAUGAAAUAGAAGUUUAUUCAUGGGAAUUUAGGACGCCAUUGAUUGAAGAAAUAGCCAAGAUAGGUGGAAGCUUGGGUGUUGUAUUCUUGCACAGAGGCCUCAAGCACAAACUUCUGCAGGGCUGUGGAAGCCGCCCUUCACCACUGUUUGCUUCGGAUUAUGUUACCGUGGACUCCGAAACGGGCACACGGUCGUGUAUGGUAGAUCCGAUGUCAGAAUCGCCCAUAGGCUUCAUUUGUCAAGGGCGUAUUGAACCUGAUGAUUGCAUGAGGUAUCUCAUCGACAGUACGGACAGAGUUGUGCCUGCCCCUACACCACAUUUAUAUAAGCAUGUAUAUAAUCGUGGAAAUUGGGUUAUAGCGCAAUAUUUUAAUGGCGUAGCAUUACCCCGUUUCAACGGCGAAUGCCGAUGCAUAGAUCCUGGGACUGGUCACGUCAAGGCAAGAAUGGAGAUUCGUUGGAAAACUGAAUACGUUUGUGACAUUGCUAGCAUGGUUGUCCGUAACAGGGUCAAGCCUAUUAUUGGCCCCUGGUGUUCAGUGAUGCUACAUCCGGGUGCUACGUUGACCAUAAAGUUGCCAAAACAGACAGACAAAUUUGCUGCUACCGGCGAGGAAUACGAAGACGACGUUGAAGAUAUCGACGAUGAUGCUUCGACAGUCCCAUUAUCGCAACUUCCAUCUACCCAUGCAUACGACAGUGAAUUCAAGCCGGACACGGCGUUGACGCUACGCCGAAGACAAACAAUUCAUGACAUCAAUCUUUACGACGAAAUCUGGAUCAACGAAGUUUUUACUGGCGACGUGCUCGAAGUAGAUGUUUCACAAAUGGAGAGAGGAGAGGUGAAGCUGAAGUACCGUAUGGACAGACCUCUGGCGUUACGAAGAGGAUACAACUCGUUCUUAUAUCACUGGACAUUCAUAUCUAGAAACGAAAAUGUUCUCGAGAAAAUACGCGCUGUGGUGAACGUCUCAUUUGCGCCUACUUAUUGCUACAAUAUUAUUGGUAGUGACCGAUGGAAACUAGGUAUGUUUAAUCCGGCACAUGAUAUUGGAUCGCUUACGAUUAGAGACAUGCGGAAUGGUAUGGCGUUAACAUCUGAAUGGCUGUUGAAUGUCAUGAGUGGCGAGAAACAAGCCGGCAUUCAAUGCGGACCCAAUGAGGAGCUGUUUCCAGACAAUUGCGAGUCCACAGGAUACGAUCUUUCCUCCAAUCAGGUUGCGCCAUUCCCUACAUCUGUGCGCAAUGUCACACUUUACCCCGUUCGAGGAUUUCAGGUAUUCGCCAUGAGCUUCCAAAAUGUGCCCGUCAGUCACUCUUGCAGUUGUGUCAAUGAACAUGGAUACGAGACAUCCAGACUUAUUUUGAGAUCCAACCGUCGUGAAGAGUACACGUACACAGUACGUCGUGAAGAGGCAUAUCAAAGGUCGCUGCCUUACUCAUUACUGCCCUGGAGUGAGGUGGCAUUAUUUUACGGUGUCUCCAAUCCUAUGCGAUCAAUUGUGCUACACAACAUGCCCCAGAGACCUAUAAAGCUACAUUCGGGCACAGAAUUCUUCAUGCGGUGUGUUGUGGAUCACGCGUUGUACAACGGUGAGAAUAACGCCGCCGCACUACCUCUAUGGUUGCCAUAUUAUAUUCGAUACAACCAUUACAAAGUAUAUACUACAGCGGAAGGAGAUAUGCUGAUUCCAAAGCGAAACGAAGAUAGAAUCGCAGGCUCAAAAAGUGGACUAGACAUCAUUAUGUCAGAAUAUACAGACGAACAUUGUGAUUUGAUGAUCAAAUCCAAUAGCGGCGCAAUUUUGGUAUCUAGGGAUCCAGAUCACUCGGAAUAUGUGCCGAUGACACUCAUUUGCGGCAAGGAGAUUCUAGAAUCAGAUUUUGGUCAAAUCAACGAUGACGCGUCUGCAGCUGACAUUCCUCUGCCUUUAACUCCGUUAGAGGAAUACACGUGGAACGUAAUCCAAAUUGACGUAGAGAUGACGGACCCCUACAUGCAAGGCUGCGGCGUUACGUACGAAUCAGAUAAGCUUUUCAAGCCUGAGACACCCAAACUCUACGAUUCUAUUGGACAAGACGUCGGUUGCAGGAUAGACCUUCAAGCUGCCAAGGAAGCGGCGUUCUACUGCCCGGCGCCGUACGUACUCGACCCACCUGACUGCUUCAACCAAGUGUUAGUGAAGGGUGAAACAAAGAACGUCACCGAUGUAAGCAAGUCGUUGGGUGCAUCGCACACUAAUCACUUUGUGACACUGAAGUUCAACAGCGAACUCGUAGGACCCCGGGAGACUCUGCGCCAGACGACUCCGUUGGAGUGCCGCUGCGUCACCGUUAAGGGUAUCGUCCUGUCUACCAUACAGAUUGAGAACUACUACUCCAAGUAA